CUCACCUUUCGCUCAUCUCUCUCAACCUCUCGAUUUCUGUAAGAUUCAAACAAAUCAGAAGAUUUACUCUUUUCCUUAUCGAAUCGCGACUCUCUCUUUUGUUGGGUUGUGGGUCAAUCGAAUCUGUGCCGAUUAUCCAAAUCUCUAGGUUUACGAUGGAGGUGAUUUUGACGGCGGGGGCAAUCGAGAAGAUACAUAAUGAGGAAGUGAAGAGCCAGGAAGAGAUGGUUCCGGUUCUGCAAGUGAUGGAUUUGAAGUCGGUUCAGACUCAGCAGAAAGAUCCGACGAAGGAGAGGUUUAGGAUGUGUUUAUCAGACGGGACCUACUUACAACAAGGAAUGCUCGGGAUUACUCAGAGCAACCUUGUCAAAAGUGGGAUGCUUCAAGUUGGUUCCAUUGUUAGACUCACUCAUUUCACCUGUAGCAAGAUCCAGGACAAAUGGAUUGUUGUCAUUGUGCAACUGGAAGUGAUUACAACGAAGUCUGAUAUAAUUGGGCAUCCUGUAUUCAAAGGAAAGUCUAGUAAUCAGCGUGGAUCAGAUUCUGGUAAUAAGUCAAAUAAUAAGACUGAAUUGGCUGAGACAGGGAGUAGUGUUGUAGCUAUGUCACCUCAAGUUGGUCAACAAAGACAAGUGUUUGGUUCUGCUUCUAGUUCUGGUCCGAGUUCUAGUCUUCCUGGACUAACACCUUCCACUCGAGCAUACAACAAUCCAUCUGCAGUUCAUGGAGUCUCUAGGCAGGACCAUGCUCGUGUUCCUCCAACCAAUUAUCCUCCACCACCAGCACCGAUGUAUUCAAAUAGGGGACCAGUGGCAAGGAACGAUGCUCCUCCUAGGAUAAUCCCAAUCAAUGCUCUUAGCCCGUAUUCGGGUAGGUGGACCAUCAAGGCCAGGGUCACGAGUAAAGGAGAGCUUAGGCACUACAACAAUCAGCGUGGGGAUGGGAAAGUUUUUAGUUUUGAUCUUCUUGAUGCUGAUAGUGGAGAGAUACGGGUUACUUGUUUCAACGCAGUGGCUGAUCAGUUCUUUGACCAGAUCGUUGUUGGUAAUCUUUAUCUGAUUUCAAGGGGGAGUUUGAGGCCUGCUCAGAAGAAUUUCAAUCAUCUUUCUAAUGACUACGAAAUCAUGCUGGAUAAUGCAUCGACGAUACAACAAUGCUACGAGGAAGAUGCUGCCAUUCCGCGACAUCAGUUUCAUUUCCGUUCCAUAGGUGAUAUCGAAAGCAUGGAGAGUAACAGCAUCGUUGAUGUAAUUGGCAUUGUGUCAUCGAUCAGUCCUACGGGGUUGAUAAUGAGGAAAAACGGAACUGAGACACAGAAGAGAGCUCUUCAGUUGAAGGAUAUGUCAGGUCGAAGUGUUGAGGUAACCAUGUGGGGUAACUUCUGCAAUGCAGAAGGAGAGAAGCUGCAAAGAGUCUGUGACUCUGGUGGGUUUCCGGUUCUUGCUGUUAAGGCAUGCAGGAUCAGUGACUUUAACGGAAAGGCGUUGAGCACCAUUGGAUCAAGUCAACUGUUCAUUGAGCCAGAUUUCGUUGAAGCUCAGAAACUGAAGGAAUGGUUUGAAAGAGAAGGGAGGAGUGUCCCUUGUGUUUCCAUAUCUAAGGAGUUUUCUGGUAAUGGCAGAGUAGACGUUCACAAAACAAUUUCUCAAAUUAAGGAUGAAAAACUAGGAACCUCGGAAAAACCAGACUGGAUUACAGUCACUGCUACUAUUAUAUACAUGAAGUUUGACAACUUCUGCUACACAGCUUGUCCUAUCAUGAACGGUGAUCGUCCAUGCAGCAAAAAGGUCACAGACAAUGGAGAUGGCACAUGGAGGUGCGAAAAGUGUGAUAAAUGCGUGGAUGAAUGUGACUACAGGUAUAUCUUGCAGCUCCAAUUACAGGACCAUACAGGUCUUGCAUGGGUCACAGCUUUCCAGGAGGCUGGUGAAGAGAUAAUGGGCAUGCCUGCUAAAGAUUUGUAUUAUGUGAAGUAUGAACACAUGGAUGAGGAAAAGUUCGAAGAUAUCAUCCGUAAGGUUGCUUUUACCAAAUACAUCUUCAAGCUGAAGGUGAAAGAAGAAACAUAUAGCGAUGAACAGCGUGUGAAAGCAACAGUUGUGAGAGUAGACAAGCUAAACUAUUCGUCAGGUACCAAGACUAUUCUAGAUGCCAUAGAUAAACUCAGGACAGAGAAUGCAAGUUCUCUCCCCAACAAGCUAGAAGGAUCCCAUUACAACGCUGAUGCAAUUAACACUGGUGUUGAAAGCUCAGGGACCAUAGAUCCCUCAUAAGUUCGAAAGAAGGGAAUUUGGUUUACCUGCAAACCAAUCGUGGUGGCUCUUUUUUUUUGUACACUUUUGGUAUAAGGUAUGUCAGGCUUUUCU